AUGCACGCCUUCGGGCCGCCCGCCGAGCCGCCGCCCCACGCCCAGGAGCUGCUGGAGGUGGCGGUGUGCCCCGGCAUCUACCCACCGGGCCGGCCCCAGCCCCCGCCCGCCGCCAACCCUUACCUGUGGCUGGGCGGCCCCGCCGCGCCCUACCUGCCCGCCGCCCCGCUCCUACCGUCGGGCUGCGCCCCCGCGCAGCGGCCGCCGUCGGGCUCCGCGGGUGCGGAGCGGGGCUGGCCGGCUCUGCCCCCGCAGCAGGAGUGCCUGCGGCCGGCCAGGCCGCCUUACUCUUACUCGGCGCUGAUCGCCAUGGCCAUCCACAGCGCGCCGGGCCGGCGGCGCACCCUCAGCCAGAUCUACCAGUACGUGGCCGAAAACUUCCCCUUUUACAAGAAAAGCAAGGCGGGCUGGCAGAACUCCAUCCGCCACAACCUCUCCCUCAACGACUGCUUCAAGAAGGUCCCGCGGGAUGAGGACGACCCGGGCAAAGGCAACUACUGGACCCUCGACCCCAACUGCGAGAAGAUGUUCGAUAACGGCAAUUUUAGGAGGAGGAGGAAGAGACGGGCCGAGGCCGGCGCGCCCGAGGGGGCCGGGGGCAGCGGCGGGGGCCCGCGGGCGUCCUGCCCCGCCGGGCUGCGGGGUCCCCCCGGCGCCGAUGCCCCCCUCUACGGCCGCGCCGGGGCCCAGGCGUGA